AUGGCCGCUCUACUUAUCUUCCUUGCACUUUCAAUUGCCUCACAACUUAGAGGGGCACAAUCCAUUGGGGUAUGCUACGGAAGACUGGGAGACAAUCUCCCAGCCCCUCCAGAAGUCAUAGAGCUCUACAAAUCCAACGGCAUUCCCCAAAUGCGACUCUACGACCCUGACCCAUCUGUCCUUCAGGCCCUCAAGGGUUCCAACAUAGACCUCAUCCUCGGCGUCCCGAACCAGAUCCUCCAAGCCCUGGCUUCCGACCCUUCCGCCGCCACCCAGUGGGUCCAAACCAACGUCCUUGCGUUCUCUCCCGACGUCAAAUUCAAGUACAUCGCCGUCGGCAACGAGAUCAAGCCUGUUGAAGCGGAGGCCGCCUCUGUUCUUCCUGCCAUGCAAAACGUCCGCGCUGCCCUCGUCUCUGCCGGCCUCCAAGACCAAAUCAAAGUUUCCACAUCCAUAGAGGCCAGCCUCCUCGGCGUCUCCGACCCUCCUUCUGCCAGCUCUUUUAGCGACGUCGCGAAACCCUACAUAGAGCCCAUUAUAAGCUUCUUGGCCAGCACUAGUUCUCCGCUCCUGGCUAAUGUGUACCCCUAUUUUGGUCACAUUGGGCAUCCCCAAAACGUCCAACUCCCCUUUGCCUUGUUCACCGCCCCUGGCAUCGUUCACGACCCGAAUAGCAACCUUGACUACCAGAAUCUUUUCGACGCCAUGGUGGACGCUCUGUACUUCGCUCUUGAGAAGUCCGGCGGCGCGAAUGUGGGUAUUGUGGUGUCGGAGAGUGGGUGGCCGUCGGCCGGUGGCACUGCAGCAGCCACACCGGAGAAUGCAGAGACUUAUUAUAAGAACUUGAUUCAACAUGCGGGCUUAGGGACCCCAAAGAGGCCGGGCGUGUUAGAGACGUAUUUGUUUGCCAUGUUCGACGAGAAUCAAAAGACUGGCGCAGCCACCGAGCAACACUACGGCCUCUUCUCCCCUAGCAAACAGCCCAAGUAUCAAAUUAGCUUUAAUUAA